GAAAAGAAAAGAAAAGAAAAAACCACCCCUGACCCCUAUUCCGUCUCCAGCACGAUAGACUCCAGAUCCAAACGCUACGAGGUCGCACGUUGUGGCGCACACAGCAGCCGGUCUAGGUUUCUAUAUCGUACGUGGAGGGUCGUAGGGUCGUAGGGAACCCGAUAUAAGGUGGCAGUCCCGAUUACGGGAUACGCGUAUCUCGCAUCUCGCACCUCUUUUUGCUCCUUUAGAACCAACCGCCCACCGAAGUUCGUUUAACAACUACACCUGUUUCUUCUUCCACGUCUUCUCCGCCAUGAUAUCUCGACGCUCCGCCAUACAAAUGUAACGCCCUACGACCGCUAAUCUGGCAUCUCUCUCUCUCUCUCUCUCUCUCUAUUUAGUGGUUGGGGCGUAAAGAGAGAACAACACCCGUAGACUGUAGUCGAGAUAUAGCUCGUGCUGUACUGUACCUCCUAUUUCUCAAGGCUGUGCGUGUCCUCGGGGCUGAGGACGUCGCCGCUUUGCUUUGCUUUGCUUCGCUUCGCUUCGCCAAUGCUUAGGAGAGACAAAGCUGCCAUGGCCGGGAACUGGACAGCCCCGGCUCCCCAUGGGUCUGGGUCUGGGUCUGGGGCAAGUCAAGUAUGUCAUGGGCCAAAAUACUCCUGCUACUCCUGCUGCUCCUAUUCUUAAGAACUCGCCAGCGCUAAUAAUAAUAACCCAACUCCAGCUAUCCAGGCCCCAGGGCCCGCCGUACCCGUUAACCAUGGCCAUCGUAGGCGGCGAGCCCACCCCCGCGGUCGACGACCCCAUCGCCGUCGUCCUACUCCUGCUGUUCCUCCUCUCGGCGGCGGCGCACAUGGCCAUCCUGCGCAUCAACAAGCAGCGCAACCUCAAGUUCGUCUUCUCGGGCAUGUUGUUCGCGCUGUGUCUUCUCCGCAGCAUCUCGCUCGUCGCCCGCAUGAUCUGGGCCUCGUACCCCAAGACCGUCGACGCCGUCAUCGCCGCCAGCGUCAUGACCCAGUGCGGCUCCGUGCUCAUCUUCAUCAUCAACUUGUUCUUCGCCCAGCGUGUCCUCCGCGCCUAUCAUCCCCGCCUCGGCUGGCACCGCGGCACCUGCGGCUUCGUCUGGUUCCUCAUCGCUUGCGUCAUGUGCUGCCUCGCCAUGGCCAUCGUCGCUACUAUCCACAGCUUCUUCACCCGGGACCCCCGUGCCCUCCACGCCGACCGCGCCGUCCAGCUCUUCGCCGGCUCGUAUCUGGCCUUCUUGGCUUUUCUGCCCGUGCCCGUCGUCGGACUGGCAGCAGCAGCACAGCACGCGAGGCGCUUCCGCUUCCGCCGCGUUGAGAAGUUCGGCGCAGGUCGGUGGCGUGCCAAGGUCGGACUGCUAGUCUUCGCAUCGCUCGUGGCCACCCUGGGCGCCGCAUUUCGAGUAGGCGUCAACUUCGACGGUCGUCCUGGCUCCAAGCCGGCUUGGUUCCACAGUCGGGCUUGCUACUACGGCUUCAACUUCGUCACCGACCUCGUCGUGUCUACCGCAUACCUACUAGCUCGUUUUGACCGCCGCUUCAUCGUACCCGACGGCGCUCAGGGUCCCGGGGACUACUCCCCCAUCAUCCCAUCCAUGCACUCCACCUCCAACAGCAACCUCGUCGACAAGCUACCUAUCAUGGGCGCCAGUAGACACACAACCACGAUGCGAUCCCCCCUUAUCCCGACGACCGCAACCCCCACUCCCACCCCUCCCCCCCAGUCCACCACGCCAUCCCCAUCCUCCUCGCAGUCGCGCCGCAACAUCGGCACCACCGCAUCCGCCUACCACACCGACUCGUCCAACACAGCCGUGCACACGAGCAGCAGCUUCGAGCGGAAGCAGCACUCCCUCUCCCCCACCCCCCUCCCCCUGCUCUUCCCACCUCAGCCCCAGCCCCAGCCCCAGUCCCAACCGCACCGACCCGCGCUCCGCACCCGCGGCCGCCGCGCCGUCAUGCUGCGCAUGCGCAUCAACAGCGAAGCCGACGCGUACGGGCCCGACUGCGGCGGCGGCGACGAAUCCGGGGACGCAAGGUCGACGUCGACGUCGCGGCUGCGCGCCCCGGACCCCGCACACCUGGGCCCGCCGAUCCUGCCCGCGCUGGACCUGGACCUGGAGCUGCUGAGCGCGACGCUGCUGGCGCCGUGGGCGCUGGAUAGCUGGGGUUUCCAGACGGCGACGUCCAGUCGGGGGUCGCGGAGCGGGUCGUUGAGGAGCGUGGGCGGGAACAGCAGUUGUAGUCAUUACAGUGGAAGCGGAAGUAACAGCAACAGCAGCAGCAGCAGCAGCAGCAGCAGCAGCAGCAGCAGUAGUAGUAGUACAAGUAAUAGUGUCAGUGGCAGCGAUGGGAACAGCGAAAGUGGAAGCAGGGAUAUAGGCAUAAGUGUUGGAAGCAGUGAGAGGAAUAGUAGCGAGAUGAGUAUUAGGAGCAGCAGUGGUCGAAGUUAUACUUCUAGUCGGCGAUCGAUGCGGGCGAGGACUCUGUAAGGUAUUCUGCCGACUGGACGACUAAGCUGGAGGAGGGAAGCAGUUGCGGAGGGAGAGAGAGGAAGAAAGAAAUAUAUUAUAUACUGGGAGCGAGAGAAGCAUUGUUUUGUUACCAAUAUCACCGGCGUCAAGGAGCUGCUAUAAUAAGGGAAAUACUGGUGGAGGAAAUGUUGUUGUAGUUGUUGUUGUAGUUGCAUAAAGACGAAUUAGAAGUUGUGUGCAUAUGUAUACUACUUAACAAUACGAUAUUUAAUGAUUAUACCUGAAUAGUUGGUUUCUAGACGAUGAGAUUAUCAAGUAAGGGUGAUGGUGUCUACCUCAGAUGCGACGAAGGAGGUUUAAUUCCCACUUGGGAUACUUAUAGGGGCCCAAUCAUUAGUUAUAAUUACUUCUGUUACUCCUCUCUUGUAUCUAAUUCUUAUCAACUGCAAAAAAGAUCACGUCCGAGUAAAGUGAGCUCAUCUCACAAUCGAACCCAAAGUCUCUCUUUUCUUCAUUCAUGAAAUACAAUGUUUGGGUAGCUACUCUGCAGUGGGCUGCUCCAUAAUGUCUUGCCCACCAAAAAU